UACCUUCUACUUUGAAAAUUUUCCAUUUUCCCAUUUUUGGUCCGUGUUCAACUGUACAGAGGUCUAUAAAAUUGUCUCUUGAUUCUCACAUAUUCCCCCACAGCUAUCGGCAUUUCCCACUCUCAUUGCUUUGCUAGCUACAUACAAUACACUUAGAAACCAUGAGCUUGUCUGAGAUUGCCACCAAUGAUAUGCAUGGUGAGAACUCGCCAUACUUUGAUGGAUGGAAAGCCUACGACGAAAAUCCAUUCCACCCUACGAAGAAUCCCAACGGAGUAAUCCAGAUGGGAUUGGCAGAAAAUCAGCUUUCAUUUAAUUUGAUGGAGGAAUGGAUCCUCAAGAACCCGAAAGCGUCUAUAUGCACGCCUGAAGGGAUUAGCCAGUUCAAAGAUGUCGCCAUAUUUCAAGACUACCAUGGCUUGACCCAGUUCAGAAAUGCUGUGGCGAAGUUCAUGGGGAAGGCGAGAGGCGGGCGGGUGAAGUUCGAUCCAGACCGGAUAGUCAUGAGCGGAGGAGCGACCGGAGCUAAUGAGAUGAUCAUGUUCUGUUUGGCUGAUCCGGGAGAGGCCUUCCUCGUCCCUUCUCCCUAUUAUCCAGCAUUCGACCGGGACUUGAGAUGGAGAACACGGGUGAAGAUUCACCCAGUUGAGUGCACGAGCACGAACAAUUUCCAGAUUACCAGAGAGGCCUUGGAGGCAGCAUACCAAAAGGCCCAAGAAGAAAACAUCAAGGUCAAAGGGUUGAUUAUAACCAACCCUUCAAACCCUCUUGGCACCACCCUGAGUAGAGAGACUUUAACAAGCUUGGUGAGCUUCAUCAAUGAGAAGAACAUACACUUGGUGGCAGAUGAGAUAUAUGCAGCGACUGUCUUCAGCUCCCCUCGGUUUGUAAGUGUAUCAGAAAUUAUGGAUGAAGUGGAAUGUAACCCCAACCUCAUUCACAUCGUUUACAGUCUGUCAAAGGACUUGGGGCUUCCAGGCUUCAGGGUUGGCAUAGUUUACUCAUACAAUGACGAUGUCGUGAGCUGUGGGCGAAAGAUGUCUAGUUUCGGCCUUGUUUCGUCUCAAACUCAGCAUUUGCUUGCUUCAAUGCUGUCUGAUGAUGAGUUUGUGGACAACUUCCUCAUGGAGAGCUCAAGGAGGCUGGCCAAGAGGCAUAAGACCUUCACAGAAGGGCUUGUUAACGUCAACAUCAACUGCUUGAAAAGCAAUGCAGGUCUAUUUGUCUGGAUGGACCUGCGCCACCUCCUGAAAGAGCCAACACUAGAGGGGGAAAUCGCGCUGUGGCGCGUCAUAAUCAAGGAUGUUAAGCUCAAUGUCUCGCCUGGCUCUUCCUUCCAGUGCUCUGAGCCUGGAUGGUUUCGGGUCUGCUUCGCUAAUAUGGAUGAGGAUACUGUUGAAGUCGCACUCAAAAGGAUCAGAACAUUUGUUGGCAAAGGCCAGGAGGAGGCAGAGGCACCAACCAAAGCCAAGCGCUGGAAAAACAGCACUCUUCGCCUGAGCUUCUCAUCUCGGAUAUGCGAUGAAGCUGUGAUGACACCUCUGAUGAUGUCCCCUCAUUCCCCUAUGCCUCAUUCCCCACUCGUCCGCGCCAGGACUUGAUUGGUUGGCAGUUGCGGUGCGUUGGCAGUGAUUUUGAGAGGUUUUUUUAGAAUUUCUAAUACUUAAAAAAUAAAAAAUAAAAAAUUUUAAAUAUUAAAAAAAUUAAAAACGCUUCUCAAAAUCACUGCCAAAAUGAACUCAUAAUCUGUCCUGCCAAAACUCAUUGGUAGGCAGUUAGAUAUAGUUUGCAUUCUAUAACCCUUUGUAUCUAUAAUUCGAUAAUCUGAUAAUUCUUUUCCAUGUAACCUAUAUGCUAGAUCUGCUGCAUUAGAACCAAAACCAUCUUAGAAUAAGGGGCAAUCAUGUUUUUUUUUGCAGCAUCAAGCACCUUGUAUGUUUCUCUCCUUUAUGUAUCAUUAAAUCCUAUUUUAGGUGGUGUUUGUUUUUUUACUUAAUUCUAAAUAGAUUACUGCUUAA